AAAAAACUCCCAAUGUCCAAUAUAAUAAAAUUUCCAGAAUUAAAAAAUGAUUUGAUUCUUCGCGCAGCACGUGGUGAAAAAACUGAACGUGCUCCAGUUUGGAUUAUGAGGCAAGCUGGAAGAUAUUUACCUGAAUUUAGAUCUAUGCGUGAAAAAUAUGAUUUUUUCACAAUUUGUCGUACACCAGAAUUGGCAACAGAGGUUACAUUACAACCAAUUAAUAGAUAUGAUGGAUUAUUGGACGCAGCAAUAAUUUUUUCAGAUAUAUUGGUAAUACCACAAGCUUUAGGACUAGUAGUUGAAAUGUUACCUGGUAAAGGACCCAAUUUCCCCGAUCCAUUGGUAUUACCUGAAGAUAUAGAUACAAAGCUAAAAGAUGUGAUCGAUGUAAAAAGAGAGCUUGGAUAUGUUUUUGAUGCCAUCACAAUGACAAGAAAAGAAUUAAAUGGUAGAGUACCUUUAUUAGGAUUUAUUGGUGCACCAUGGACUUUGAUGGCUUAUAUGAUAGAAGGUGGUGGAAGUAAUACUUUAUCUAAAGCUAAAACUUGGUUGUUUAAAUACCCCAAUGAGAGUAAAAGAUUAUUACAAAAAAUUACUGAUGUUGCUAUUGAUUUUUUAAUUGGACAAAUCAAAGCUGGUGCACAAGUAAGAAGAGAAUUAUCACCAAAUGAUUUUAACAGUUUCUCAUUACCAUAUCUUACUCAAAUAUCAAAUAAAGUUAAAUCACAAUUAAAGACAGAAGGACUAGUUCCUGUACCAAUGAUAAUAUUUUGUAAAGGAUCAUGGUAUGCAUUAGAAUCAUUAUCAGAAAUCGGAUAUGAUGUUAUAUCUUUAGAUUGGACAAUUGAUCCAAUCUAUGCUAAGGAAAUUACCAAAGGUAAAGUGACACUACAAGGCAAUAUGGAUCCAAAUGUAUUAUAUGGCGAUGUUGAAGCAAUUAAAUCCACUGUUGAAAAGAUGUUGAAAAAAUUUGGUACUAAUCAUAAAUACAUUGUGAAUCUUGGUCAUGGUAUUUUGCCCACUGUUGAUCCUGAAUCAACCAAAAUAUUUUUAGAAACAGUUCAUAAAUUGAGAAUUAUAGUUGAACUCUUACGAGAAAAAUUGAUUCAUUUGACAAAGAAAAUGGUAGAGAUUGAAAAAUUGAAAAGUUCAGAAUACGUGACAGUAAGAUUUAUUGCUAAGAAACUUCAAAGUAGUUGUUUAAAAGACGUAGGCAAGGCACGAAUUAAGAAGAUAAUGCAAAUGGAUGAGGAUGUAGGCAAAGUUGCUCAAGCAACUCCAGUAUUGAUUUCGAAAGCUUUGGAAUUAUUUAUGCAAUCGUUGAUUGAUCAAGCAUGUCGAGAAACAAAAGCUAGAAAUGCAAAAAGAAUGUCGGUUUCUCAUUUAAAGAAAACAAUCAUGGUUACAGAACAAUUUGAUUUCUUGAAAGAGCUUGUUGCCAAUAUACCAGAUCCUGUGGACUCCUUCGAAGCAGAAGCUUCAACAUCUUCGACAGUUGUUGAUGACGAUGAUUAUGAGCCAACUCCAAGUUCUUCUGCAGCUCCAAUAAGAACAAGAAGAAGCGUCAGGAGAAAAAAAGAAGUCGAUGAUUCAUCUUAA